UGAUGAGAUCCCACAAACUUGAUCGGUCACCCUGGCUACUUGGAGAAGGUGACCUUCAACACUUUCCAGGACGCCCUCACAGUGACUGAGUCAAGAUGGCUGUUACAUGGCAGGACUUCACAAUCUUUGGAUCCUUCAUGUUUUUCGUCGCCAUCGGUUGGACAUUCAAGCAGAGCUACGAGAAGUUCACACGCUACCGCGAGAAAACCGAAGUCGACGAGGAGAUCGAGAGUGUCAUGAUCGAACAGUGCUUCAAAAGAUCAUGGAUUGAAGGCAUCCUCAUCGCAACCAGCGUCAUCGUCCUCUUGCUCAUCGAGAUGAUGCCACGGCUGGAGAAAGGAAAAGAGACACCCUCCACAGCUAUCGAGUCUCGAUGGUUUAUCUAUGUCAUCUGGUUACCAUAUGCCUUAUACAGCGUGGUCUUAAUUUUAUGCGACUUUUAUUCAAACUGGAUGCGUGUUUGGAUCAAACCAUGUAUAUUAUUUGCCCUGCUCUGUGAGUAUGCCAUCGUAGCAGCGCACCUCAACAGCUUACCAACCGACUGUGACAGGUGCAUGUACACACCUGUAUGUACCCUUAUAUACUUCUCGGCCUUGGUAGUGGUAGGGGAACUUCUGGUGCCAGAGUUUGAGCAGCUUGCAUGGCUCCGAUGUGGGUGCUCUCUGGUGCAAGGGACCUGGUUUGUUCAGAUAGGAUGCACCCUGAGUAUGAUAGGGCGGGAGUGGAGACGGGACGAGGGUGUUGGAUUAACCGUUUUUAUCAUUUUCAUCUGGCAUUGUGUGCUCGCAUGGAUAGUGAUACGCGUCUUGAAGAAGACAGUGAAGGUGGUUAGUACCUCGAGGCCGAGCGGAGACAAUGCUUGGGAAUACUUUGAUUUGUAUAGUGAUGAUGAAGAUGAUUUCUACUAUGGAACCAAAUCGACUAAAAACAGUGGUUGGAUGCAGAGAGGGGGCAUUGCCUUAACACCUGAACAAGUUAUAGCCAUGGGAUAUAGAACAGACUAUUCAUGACCGAGGCAUUUCUCCAUGCAGUUCUUGUUUGGUAUACCCAGGAGAAAAAAUAAUUGCAGAUCGGCUACUAUAAGAAGCUACCAUCAAAGAGAAAAUAAUAGUUGGCUACUGUUGAUACGUCUCUCACGUAAUGUCACAUUUUCACUAUGAAGAAAAUGUCAGAGCACAAGUUAAACUGACCUAACGGGUUGUUUCCUACGUGUGGUGAUUGCCUGUGCAAAGCGCCAAAUUGAGAGCUUUGGUUUUAUUUGCAAUAGUAUAUUAUUUGACAAAUUUUGAUACUUGAAUAUUAAACAGGUUUCAAUCUCCUUACACCUUUUCUGCAAACAGAAGCACUGAAUCUCAUAUUGUCCUUUUUAUUUUUUUGGGUAUGUAACCAGUUUCCAAUUCUACGCUCUUUCAAGCUUUGAAAUUUUAUAGAUAGUAUAAUGCUUGGUGUAAAAUUGUGUCAUUUCAGGAGACAUAUAAUGUAAUUAUUAACAGAACAAGAAGACACCAUGCCCUUCCGCUUCCCAUUACGGAGGAAUGUUGACAUUUUUGUUUUAUAAAUCUUCAGCUUUAUAUACAUUAUACAUCCAUGUAACAGUAUUCAAUUUUACUCAUCAGCAUAUCGUGAGGGAAAAAUCUUAAAACAAAAUUUCUCUUGCCAAAUUAAUGAGUUUGUUUUUCCCAAAAAUGAGAAUUGGUAAUUAUUUCUUCUGUUCAUUGUUUUUUUUUUUUUUUUGUAUUAGAUAUAGCAUACCAGGUAAAAGUAACAGCUUUCGAGAGCAUAAUUGUGCAAUUUAGUUGUCAUACAAAAUGUUCAAUGUACUUUGAGAAAAUCACAAUUGUACAAUGUUGAUGAUUCUUUAGCUGGACUAAUAAAUAAUGUUUUUUUCAAAUCUA